AUAUUCAAACUGGUAUUCGUGGUUUGUUUGAGCUAGUGUGUUUCAAACAUGUUGGAGCGAAAUUGUAAUGUGUUGUGAUGUUGAACAGUUAGUUCUUAUGAAAUAAUGUCAGAAAUAAAACGUGCCCCGCUGAUUCCAUUAGGACCCCAAAAAGAGUCGGACAAGUCACCGAAAGAGCCCCGCAAAAGCGUAAGGAUAUCCGUUGUUCUACCCGAGUCCACCGAAGACACAUGCCCGGAAUACAACUAUAAAGAUGAACUUGCUGCUGCAAAGAAACGUAUUAAGUACAAAGAAAUAGGCGGAACUGCGAACGGUUUGAAUAAAUUUGACGAGUUCGACGACGAUGAUGAUGUCAAAAGAAUCGCCCGUCAAAUGGAGGAAAAAUAUGGUACUGGUACAUCUUUAAAUAAGAAGAAACGGAAAGGUCGAAAGGAUGAUUAUGCUGAUAUCGGGAUGGGUUACGACGAAUCUGAUUCUUUUAUCGACAAUACGGAUGGUUAUGACGAAAUGAUCCCUCAAAAUGUCACAACGCUACAUGGGGGAUUUUACAUAAAUAGUGGAGCGCUGGAGUUUAAAACAGAUGAUGAGGCAGAGUCGGACAUAUCUUCAAGUUCAUCUGACGACGAAGGUUCAGGAAAGACGGCUAGUCGAAAGAGAAUUAUUGAAUCAUCAGAUGAGACUGAUAGAGAAAAUAAGACUGAGACUGUAGAUAAUUCAAGUACCGUGACAAAGAAGCGUAAAUUACAAAACGGUGGAAAUGGCAUGCAACAAUCGUUAAAGAAGAAAUUGUUGGCCCAGAAUAAAAUUUAUAUAAAGAAAAGACGGUUGUUAGAUCCGGAUAAGAAAACAGUUAAGGAGCUUUUGAGGGAGAAGCGGGAAGAUUUGAAUAUGACCAUUCCUGAAGAGCUCAAGCUCGAUUCCAUUGAUGAAGAUCAAAAAGAGAAGAAAAACAUGUCCAUAUCAAAUGUUACAGACGUUAUAGAAUCGGUUGUGAAAGCUUCAACUGGAGAUACAAACCGAACCGAAACCAAUCAAAAUACACCAACAAAAGCUGUUGUUAAUUCUACUUCUGAUGGAGAAUCUAGUCAUGAUAACACACGAGCGGUUAAAUUAGAGGUUGUUAAGUUACCAGAAAAUUUGUCUCCUGAUAUUUCAAGUGUGAUCACAGCUAUAAAAAAAUCAGCUGAGUUGAACUCAGACCCGAAAAAUAUUUUUACAUCAGAUAUCAACAUUCUUAUUUUAAGAUUAGAACGCAAAUGUAAAUGUUUGGGUAAGCCUUCAAAAAUGAAGGUUUACGAACAUUUAGCCACGUUUCUAAAAUGCAAAACUGAGACGUUAACCAGACGGGCUAAGAGUCUAGUAUUGGAUGAUGAACAGAAAAAGUUGAAAAAUCUUCUAUCAGGGCUGAAGUCAGAAAUAAAUAAUAUUAUGCCAAGCUUGCUGGAGAGCUACGAAAAAGAGAGUCAGCGUAUUAUUCAGAAAAAAUUUUCGCACGAAAGUGUCGACAAUGAGGAAAAUAAGUGUUUGAGGAUGCCGAAACGGCGUUUCCAGUGGAAUGAAGUGACUAAGAAACUAUUGAAGGAUAUCCUCAUAUUGAAGAAACGUAGUCUUUUAUUUGAAGGGAAAAGUAAAGACACUUUAGAUGCCCAAAUGACAACAUUCCUCAAAACCGAAAUCCAAGUUUUGUGGCCUGAUGGCUGGAUGUCCAUGAAUGCCCUUAAUAAAAUUUACACGACCUACGCUGAUCCGAAGCGUCUCCUUAAUAAUUCUUUGAAUAGUACAUCAAGUAAUACAAUUCCAACUAAAUCUUCAAGCUCAAACUCCAACCCGAUCGUUAAAAAUCUUCCACAAAGCUUUAAUAAUUCUAAUUUAUCGAUAACACCAAUAGUUCCUGCUUCAAAAAGCGAAACUAGCGGUAAUAAAAUUCUUAGUGUAACGAACGAAGUGACUGUUAGUAAAACUUACGAACCUAGUAAAUUUACGAAAACACUGCCAGAAACGUCGCAACCUUGUGAUAUCUCUCCGGCAUCACCUAAAAAAGAGCUUGAGGGCAAGUUAAAAGUGAAACCUUCAAGUGAGUUGCUCAAGCCACCUGUGAGCAACCAUGUGAGGAAGGAUCCAAUCAUCCCGAUUAGUGACGAUAGUGUUAUUUAUAUAGACAGUGAUGGGUUUAAUCCAAUGAAGAAAAGUGAUGAUAAUUACUGCCAAGUUAUAGACUUAUCUGAUAAAACCGAGUUGAAGAAAGAAGUGAAGAGUGUUCCUAAGAAGGAGACUAGUAUCAGCCCGAUGAUUUCCGAGCACGUGUCGAAACAUCACGAACUCAGUAUUACCCCGACUUACCCCAAAGUCGAGUCCAAGCCCAAGACGAGCUGUGCCGGUGACGAUAUUUUUGAGGUUAUGGAGAAUUUGAAAGUUUUGCAGAAAAUGUCGUCUCCGAAAAAGUCUGAACCGGCUCAGACUAGUUCAGCCGUUUCCGUUAUCGCGGUGAAUAAGAGUUUCGCGCCGAAAACGACACAUGAAGCUAGCACCAUGCAGAGAUACGAUUAUAAUAAAAGUGAAUACAAUACCAGUUUUCAGGACGAGUUUCAAAAACAAUUGUUUAGUGCUCUCAAUCAGUUUUCGUCAAAUUCCAACAAAAGCUAUAAUAGUACUGAUAGGUAUCCGCAUAUUUCAAACAGUGGGCCCAGCAUGGUUACUGGUGAUAAAUAUUAUCAGAACGCUAAUAAUAAUUACCCGCAGAGUUCAAACGGUCACAAAAGCAGCACUUCUGUCCAACAAACAGGUACUUAUAGCAUAUUGGAUGAUAUGUUUGCUAAUUUACUCACACAGUAUGGAUAUUCAAAAGAAGCUGCAGCACCCAAAUCUCAACAAAAAUAGCUAGGGGAAGUCGUAACUUAAUUUAUGAAGAUAAUGUAUUGUACUGCCAACUUUUAUAAAGUUUUUUUUCCUUCUUCAUUUUGUAGAAAGACUAUGGAUUCAUUUUUUGUUAUUAUUAAUUUUGUAAUUUAUUUAUAUUGUAAAUUUGUAAUAAAUUGUGAUUUCUGAAAUAUAUUUUUUACCGAU